GUUCGUAUAAAUGCUUCGCCCGGGGAUCCGGCGCCCCGAGGAUGCCAGAUGAUUCGUAAAUCGGCGACGUGGGCAGUUAGUCCAGUUGCAAUCCCAUCGCAUCCAUGCACACCGACAGACACACGGUGGCCCGGCUUUCGUCGCCAACAAGGCGGCGUCCAACGAGAUGGCUGUCGGUUCGCCACUACACCACGCCUUUCUCACCCGCUGCAGAGCUGCCUCGUCUCACCAGUAGGCAUCCAGGUGCGUUUUGCUUUGUUUCAACCAGGAUGGAAGGGCCCCCAACUGGAGGCUGGCGCCAAGAUGCGGUCGGGCUCAAUAGGUCGACACCACCAAAGAUGCUCCAGCGGCCGGUACGGAUACUCCGUGCUUGGUUGGAAAUAGGAUCGGAGGCGCGGGCUGUGACGAGUCUGAGCCCAGCCCAGACCUUGGCCAUUUAUUGUGAUUGCCCAUUCCCGAGUCUUGCUCGUCUCCACAGACGGGAUCAUGUACCAACCGGAAAGGGCACGACCAGAGGACAUGGACAGGAGUUAUCUUGGGCCCGGUGUAUUCGCACUGCGUCGGUUCUUUCAAGGCCCAGUACCGGUAGUGUGCGACGCAGGUGGCGAGUUAGGUUUGGAUUUAGAUUGCUUCGUCCAUGGCGGAUGCGUCGCACUGUGGCGGCCACCAGUGAACAAGCCUCUCUUCACAGCCUGCAGCUGCCGUGAACUAGCAAUGACCCCAUACCCAUGUCCUGGGCCGAUUCAUUGAGGCCUGAGAAGCACUUCGCGGGCGGCCUGGGCAGGCUAGUACAUAGCAACCAGCCAGGAUGUGCACUGCGGGUGAUGCACAAUACAUGCCGAGGCCGCCACCAACAAAAAUGAUAAGGCGAUGCAGACAGCGUCCACGUCGACAGCGCCUCGUGGCCGUGUGGAAAAUAUCACCGCGCGAAGUUUCAGGGAGACAAGAUCUGCAUGAACUUGGGAAGCCACCGCAGGGCUGUUGAGAUAGUCACUCUGUCGGCGUGCGGAUGUAGUAUCCGGAUACCGUGAGCUGCCCUGAUAAUCUCAUCUCCUGUAGACCACUUAUUAUUAGUUCUGAAAUCCGAU